GUUCAUAAGCUGGUGAACUCGCAACUGAAUUGGUAGGGUUAUAUAGUGGCAGUGCCAUACAAUGGUAAAUAUAAUUGUAUAAUGCUUGUGUGUCUUCCCGUUUCCUUUUCACAAUAGUGCCCCCAAAUUAAGAUAGAUAAGUUUAGGUAGAGAUUAGUUUUAAAAAAAAGAUAGAAGUUACAUUAUGUAUUUUCAAGCCCAAUUUAAUAUUGGUGUGUAUAUGCGAAAUCGUUUAUAGAAUUAGCUUAAAGUUGAUAUUGAUUAAUUUAUUCUUGAGAAUUUCACUGUCAAAUUAUAAACGAGAGUUUGAAAGCUUUCAAAAUUUAUUCACUAUCUGUAUACUCAGUAACUACACAAUGCGAAUUUUAUGCAUUUAAACAACAUAUAUCAUACUAAUUAUUGCAAGCCGUUUCAGCUAUUUACCCAUUUAAUUCUAAAGAUAUGUACAUGUAUGUCUAUUUAUUGAACGAAACGAGAUAUAGAAAAUAUACGUGUUAGAGAACUAUUUAUGUUUUAAAACUAAUACUCUUCGAAUGUAGUCAAUUACAUUCCUUUAUGUUAACAGGGAUAUUAUAUAACAAAGCAAAAUAUUUUGCUAUUUCUUUUAUAAGGAGACGAAUUAAUAUAAGCUUUAGGCUUGUUUUCGAAUCCUUACAUUCAUGUAAUGUGUACAACUUUGCUGUUUACAAAAUAAAAUACUGUUUAAACCAAAGCAAAUUAAGGUGUAUAUCUGUAUACCUCUUGUAACACACAUUAUGUCUAAGUGAACAAUAAAAUCUGCUAACGCGUUCCCCGUUUGGGCCCCUCGUAAUCAAUUACGACAACAAGCAUGAACCGGUGCGCCAUGACCCCAUUAGAUAUCGGGUAAGGGCGAUACGAGCACUGGACAUCGAGCUGACUGUCAUCAAUUUGUGGUCGAUCAGAAGGAAAUACACCAUAAAUCAAGUGUUAACUAAUCUAUCAUGGCGUACGUGAUCAAAAAGAAGAAAUCUGACGUCAUUCUGCCCUACCUACCAUUUGACGGACUUCUUAAAGAUGGCCGCAAGGUCGUUUUGGAUUAUUACAAGGACGAAGACGAGGCUCAAGUCCAUGCCAUAAUGAAGUAUAUUGUCAAUGAGGAGGGUAACAGCUAUCCACAAGAAGACUUAGCUAAUGUGGAGGACUUCCGGUCUUAUUACUUGUCACAUGACGUAUUUGUUUGUCGUGACGUCACUUCCGGUGACGUAUUGGGAAGCUUUUACGUGAAGCCAAAUUUCCCUGGGAGAUGUUCGCAUAUAUGUAAUGCUGGUUUCGCAGUGAAGAAAUCAAGUCGAGGAUUAGGUGUCGGGAAGUUCAUGGUUGGACACUAUCUUCAAAUUGCACGCGACCUUGGUUACCAGUCUUCGUUCUUCAAUCUUGUGUUUGUAUCCAAUGAAGCGUCCGUGAGCUUGUGGCGAAGCAUGGGCUUCACAGAGCUUGGGCGCGUGCCUAACGCGGGAAACCUAAAGGGGCGUGGCUACACAGAUGCCAUACAAUUUUAUUAUGAUUUAACGAAAUUAGACAAGAAAGUUUAAUUACAAAUAUAUCUUAAUGUGAAUGUUAUGGAUGCAUAAACACAAUCAUUGGAGAAAUGGAAUAACAAUAACAUCUCCAGUCGGUAUAAGGGAUCUACUAUCACAUGCAUGUACAUAUCAAACUGUGUAUACUUAUCUAUAAUAUUGAAUUUUUGCUAGGUAUGAAAUCGAACAAUGACCAGUGCCAAGAUAAAUCAGCAUUAAGAUACCUCUUCAAGGGCUAAAACAUUAAAUAAAACAAUUGAUACAUUACAGGGAU